UUUACCCUACACAUGUAUUUCUCAACCAUUUCCACGAGAAUUGGGUCAUGAUCACAUCGCCCACUGUCUCUGUCCUGAGAAAUAGCAGCCAUCCAGCGUGGGAGAGCGGCUCCUCCGGGGACAUCAGCCGGCUCUUCAUCCACAACCUCGGCUCUCCUGCAGACCCUUCUCGCCAAGCCAGUCGGCUCCCCAUCAAGGUUUUGAAAAUGCUUACCGCCCGGGCAGGACACAUUUUACACCCGGAGUACCUUCAGCCUUUACCGUCCACUCCCAUCAGUCCCAUCGAGCUGGAUGCCAAGAAAAGUCCCCUGGCUCUUUUGGCCCAAACGUGCUCUCAGAUCGGCAAACCGGACCCGCCGUCCUCCUCCAAGCUGUCCUCCGGGACCUCCAGUGGAUCUAGUGACAAGGAGACCAAAUCCGGUCCUCUGAAAAUGAGCGACAUCGGAGCCGACGACAAGUCUAGCUUCAAACCUUACUCCAAAUCAGAGAAGAAGGACUCGAGUGGAGAUAAAAACAGUUUCCGAGUGCCUAGCGCCACCUGCCAGCCGUUCAGCCCCAGGACAGGCAGCCCCAGCUCCUGCACCUCCACCUCUCCUCUGCCGGCCGACGGCAAAGCAUUGGACAAGGAGGAGAAGAAGGAGUCUGACAGCAAUAAAAGCAGCACGACAGAUACUGGCAGCCAUAGGAUAAGUGGAAUUACCUCUGACAGUAGCCAACACCAGGACCACACAUCUGGAUCCAAGACUGUGACGUCAGACUCUCCAUCCGUGACCUCCACCUCCUCCAUCCUCAGCUCUGGACUGGUUGCCCCUGUUUCCCCCUACAAACCCGGUCACACAGUUUUCCCCAUGCCACCUGCUGGUAUUUCCUAUCCUGGGAGUUUGGCAGGUGCCUAUGCAGGUUACCCGCAGACCUUCCUCCAUCACGGAAUGACCCUUGACCCCACCAAAUCCAGCAGCCAGAUGUUAAGCGCACAGUAUGCUGCAGCCAGCUCCAUGGGGUGCAGCAAAGCAGGGACAAGCCCCUUAUCAGGAGCCUCUCCUCCAUCCCUGAUGUCUGCCAGUCUGUGCAGGGACCCCUACUGCCUGAGCUACCACUGCUCCAGCCACUUGUCCCCAGCAUCCAGCGCCAAUUGCGCACAUGACUCUGCGCUCAAAUCCGGAUACCCGCUCAUGUACCAGACGCACCCCCUCCACGGUGUGCACUCCUCGGUGCCGUCUUUCAGCGGACACCCCUUGUAUCCAUACGGGUUUAUACUCCCCAAUGACCCCCUGCCGCAUGUGUGUAACUGGGUCUCUGCAAACGGACCUUGCGAUAAGCGCUUUUCCUCCUCGGAGGAGCUGCUCGGACACCUGCGGACUCACACGGCCUUUGCCGGGACGGAGAAGUUGAUAUCUGGGUACCCGGGGUCAUCUUCUCUCGCCAACGCUGCUGCUGCUGCUGCCAUGGCCUGCCACAUGCAUAUGCCUCCCAAUGGCAGCCCUGGCAGCCCCGGUACGCUGGCCCUCAGGGGCCCCCAUCAUCACCUCGGACUGACCAGCAGGUAUCACCCUUAUUCAAAGAGCCCCAUGUCCACACCCGGGGGCCCGGUGCCGAUGCCCGCGGCCACCGGGGCCUAUUACUCCCCGUACGCCUUGUAUGGACAAAGACUGACCACAGCCUCGGCCUUAGGAUACCAGUAGAGACCAGAGAAUUAUACAUUUAUAAAAGGAGAUUUAGGCCCAAUGAGUUUUAUAUUGUACUUCAUGCAGGGACUGGAUCCAUGUGGGGAUCUGUGUAUUUAUUUGCGAUAGCUUCA